AUGCUGCUCGACAAGCUUGCUACGUUUCCGCGGGUGCUUCUCGAAAUAGCACCUGUGAGGCACUCAGCAUCGUGUCGCAGGCGGUCUGAGCAGCUGGCGGUCUUACUUGUAUUCGAACUGGGUGCACAUAUUACAUGGCAUAUUGCCGUCGCAUCGUCGCUUGCGAAGUCGACACGGCUCACACGCUUGCUUUGCGCGCUGGCGCUUCUGUCCUUGGGCUGUCAUAUCGCCAUUGGCCGUCGCCGGCGCGGUUUCCUCUCCGUUCACGCCGGGCAUGUCAGCGGCAGCUGUCAUGAAACAGCAUGUGAGAUGGUCAUUGGGAUAACGAUGGGAGACGAUGCAGUGCGAUCUUCGCGACAGAUCUAG